UACUGUAUGUGUGUGUGUGUCUGUGUGUGUAGACUGCUACAGCUGCUCAAGGAUGAAUCAAGUGCAAGUAAGAGUUUCUAUAGGCUUCUAGUCAUGUUUUCUUGGAUUUUAAUUCGUGGAUUUGCAAAAUAAUGCUUUGUUCUCGAGUUAUGCCUAGUUUUGCUUACUUGGAAUGCCAUUGCAGCCUUUUCAGAAGAGCACGUAGCCAAACUUGUUUACCGAGUGUUACUACUCUACUUAGUAGUUAGCUCUGCACUAGAACGCUAGCUAUUGGUAGCUGCAAGAGUGAGAAGAGAGCUGCAAGGCUCUGCUGAUGGCAGCCAUUAAUUUUAGACUUGAACUUUUGGCAUCGAUCGUUUUUAACAACAAUCAUAGUCGAUCAUUACCCACUCUUUGAGUUUGCAAAAAAAAAAUAAGCUAUUAGUAGCUUUAUGUUAUGUAGCUUUGGCAUCUCCACCGAGGCAUCAGCACCUAGCUGCGGUGCUUUCGGCAUUUCAAUGAUGGGCUAUAGGUUUCAAAAGUAAAGUGCAAAGUGAUAGAUCUACCACGGAGAUAAUGAUUGAUCUAUGAACCUAUAUAGUCUCAAAGUCCAGCCUCUUUCAGUCUUUGCAAGAAUACGAAGAUUUAGGAGGGCGUGGCCAGACUACUAUGAACCCCCCUUGUAAAAAAUCUUCCUACGCCUCUGCUAUAUAAGUCUGUCUCCAACCUCCGUGCUCAUUCAUCAAGCACAACUAUCACAAUCACCUGGGAUGCCCCCUUCUCUCUAGACCUCACCACAGCUGAACCAGACAUACAGUAUUGUGUGGAUGUGUACGAUAGUGCCACUGGUGUUCUACUACACUCUGAGUGUGGUAUUAUUGAGGAACGCUACACCUAUUCCCCUAGCAACCCCUGCUCGUAUAUGUUCACAGUAACACCUAGGAGCAAUUUAGAUGGAGCUCUCAAUGGGACCACUUUGUUCAGAUGUAUACAAGAUGCACAGUCUCAGAACUUCACAAUUCAGCCAGUAUCAGUGAUACAAGCUAAAGGCCUGAAGGCAGUGUUUGAGUGUUUGUACCCUGGUGCCCUGAGUCACAGAUGGGGGAUCAAUGGAACGUACCCAGCUGAUGAUGCGUUUCCACCUGAUGUAACUCGUACCCUACCGUCUGGUGAUACUCCAGCAAGACUGGCCAUUCCAUCAACAGACCAGUACAACAACACUGUGGUGCAGUGUAGGGCUGUGCUUGAUGCGGGAGGAGAUGCGCAGUUUGUGCAAACAUGUGAUGCUUUGUUGUUAGUACAAGGUCCACUGGGCUCUGUUACUGGACUGAGACUGGACAUGGUGACCUCUACUUCAGUGACUCUCAUCUGGGAUGCUCCCUUCUCCCUAGACCUCACCACAGCUGAGCCAGACAUACAAUAUUGUGUGGAUAUGCACAGUGUCCCUAUAGAGGACAAUUGAUGGAGUCAACAUGUGACAUCAUCGACACUAACUACACUUUCUCUACCAGUGAUCAAGACCAGUUAGUAUUUACAGUGACACCAAGAAGUAAUGUGGAGGGUAGUCUCAAUGGAACCUCCACACUGUAAAAAAAAAAGUGCGGUGAGCACACUAAAACCGUCGCAUAUAGCACACUUUUUCAAAAAAGCGUGCUAUAUGCGACGGUUUUAGUGUGUCCACCGCACUUUUUUUCAAUCAUUUUUUACAGUGCAGUGAACUAGUCGGACCUCCUUCGCAAGCUAACGACACAAUUACUGACAUCUCACCAUCGUCAUCUCUUCCUGAGUCUAUUCAACAACCCUCUAUUUAUACAAUAGCAGUGUCUUCAGGUGUGACUGCUGUGGUAGUUCUACUCCUACUCUUAUUCAUCGCCAUUUUAACAGCUGUUGUCAUAGUGAAACGAAAACAAAGGAACCACAAAGAUGGAAGAGUGGAUUUAUCAUCAACAUUGCCAGGAAUUGAGCAGCCUAACGAAGCUUAUGCUCCAGUGCUCAAUAAGAACAUUGCUUAUGAGCAGACACAGAUACCAAGACACAAUGAACACACCACCACCAUUGUCACCACGGUAGUAGCAAUGGAUAAUAUUGAGCCUAGUCAUGAGUACGAAGAAGUAUUACCUCAGGGACAUUUUUAGAACGAUUGAACAUCACUUCACAUCAAUGUGGCAACAUAAACUACACCUCGCCCUCGAAUCAUAGUAUAACUAAGGUCAAAUUAUGCUAAUUUAGUAUCUCAA